AUGCUGCGUCGUCUUGCUGGCGGUCACGGCGGCGGUGGUAGUAGUAGGAGCGGCGGCGGCCGACGCCUCCGUCGGGUCAGUGAGGAGCUGCCUGUGUUUUCCGCCCUCGCGCUGCAGCGGCGCUUCUCCUUCAAGUACGCCACGAAGCUGCAACAUGAUGAGAUGCGGCAGCCGUUUUACAUACAUGAGAAGCGGCACGGCAUCUUCAGUAACGAGCAGAACGUCAGGAAGGCACGUCGUGGGUUGCCUUUUAUCACCCCACUGUACACGCGGCACAUGAAUCUGUGGGAGACCGACACGGACGCAUCAAACAAUCGUUUCUUUAGGGGGUACGUCUUUGGCCAGCGGGAGCUGCAUCAGCUGCUCGGCCGUCCGCACGGGUUCGAGGCAAACAACACGGACGGCAGCAAUGACCUUUCCGCCUAUGAAAUAUCCACGGAUCAGCGGUUUAAGGGUCUGCCGCGCCCGGCGAUUACAAAUCUGCACCAUGAGCCGGAGUGGAGCUACACGCUCUAUCGUGCCGGGGCCCAUGGGGCGCAGCUCUCUAACCCACGCAGCCCGCUAACGGCGGAGGUCCUUGGCGAUGAGUUGAUGCAAAUACGCGAUAUUAAAAGCCUGGAGCACUGCAAGGCGUGGUUUGCGCGUCUGCAGUACCUCAUUAAGCUCCACUACGACGCGGUGGGGGACAUUGGUGAGUUCAAGUCCCGCCACACGCAACACGUGCAUGAGUUCUUCGUUGCCUUUCACGACGCCUUGAGUAGUUUUGACUUUGGCGACGCCUACUUAGUUGAGCACUUCAAUGCCGCCCGCCCGAGCGAGUUGGCAGACCUCUUCGGCAUCUUUCUUGAGAUGGAGGCGAACUACGUGCACGAGGACUUCUGCCCCCGCUGCAGUCUGCCGUACAGCACCACACGGUACUGUGGCGAGGGUGACGCGAACACGCCAUUCCGCAAGCAUCGUGGACGGUGGGCGCCGCAUCAACGAUGGGGGCGUGAGUGGUACGCCGUUGUGGCCCGCCGCGCGGAGGCGCUGUGGUACCGCGCCACCGAAGACCCCUACUUUGGCACCCCGCAGCACACCCAACGCCAGGCAGAGGCCUUGUUGCGUGUCUACGUUCAGACGAAGCAUCGGGGAAAGGCGAAUGAGUUUAUGAACGCGCUGCGGGGCAGCAAAGAGUUCCUGAUGGGGUCCAUACGCAUCACGCCAGAGAUGCAGGCGUCAUACGAUCAUCUGCUUGACACGACGCCGCAUCCGCACCUUUUCACAAAUAGCUUUACCUUGGAGAGUAACGCGGCGCGGUAUACAGGGGAGGUGCAGAAGGUGCCGCUUUCACCGCUGCAGUUUCGCAUUGAUAUGGAGAUGAGCAAGUACCGACGACAACAAAAGGAGGAAGGGGCGGUGCGUGUGCCGCCUGCCAUGUGGCGCCUUGACACCUCCGCAAUAGUGCCGUACAAGCUGGAUCCCAAAACAAGGCGCGUCAUCAACUGGCGGGAGGUGAAGGAGGGGAUCGAGAAGUCGUUCCUGUCGACGGGGCUUCCAAAGGAGGCCUACACAGGCAGCGAGUGGCGGGAGAUGUUGCAUCUGAAGGCCGUCAUUGCUGGCCGCGCGGCAAAGGCGGCAGCGCUGGAGCGACAGUUCCAAAUCGACAAGGCCAAACUGUUGGAUGCUGCGUCUAAACGAAAGCCGGCCGCAGAGGCGGCUGCGGCUGCCCACGCCACCAGUACUGUCUUUCCCGACAAGGAUGGCUAUCAGGUCUUCGAUACGAGCGUGGCGUCACUGAAACCUUUCGGUGUCAGCCAGUCAGGGGUCGUGUUUCACUGUGUCACGCAUACCUACCCCUCGCCUAGCGCUGUGCCGUACAGUGACCCGGUGCACGGUAAACAGUUUCUCCUUGACACAACGCCUGACGCAUGCCACCUCUUUGGCGGCUUUGAGCACGGCGAUCGUCUCCUGAUCCGCGCAAAGGGCAAGGAUGACAAGAAGGAGCAUAAUACGACUAGGAGUUCCGUGGCGGCAAGCGGCAAGGAGUUCGAGGUCAUUGUGAUGGGGGUCAGCAAAGAAGGCAGCGACUCGGAAUGGCAACUGUGCGCCAUGCACGUUGACGCUGCGCAGCAGCGGGAGCAUGGGCUUGUCUUUCUUGGCACAGAUUGCGUCGACAUACGUGCACGGUGGGCGUCGGUGCGUUACGCUGCCGCCGCACCGCAUGUGAGGGGGCGCGUGACACUGUUGGAGUCACAGCGCACCGCACGUGAGGAGUCCAUGGGACAAGUCGUCGGUGUUCGCGAUGGCGUCUUAUUUGUGCAGUGGCGUCUUCUUCGGGGCGGCGGCAGCGAACUGGACCGCAGCGUUGCCGAGCCGAUUGGCACCGCGGAGCAGGUGCGGGACGCCUACACCCUCACUGAGCAGGGAGUGGAGGAGUUACAGCAUCCUCCCUCGUGGCGUACGCCGUUUCGUAACGACUUUGCGGAGGAGCGGCUGGAGGAACUCCAGCAGGCGCCAUUUACGCGAGAGAAGUGGGCCUCCCUCAUCCAGGGACGCUACACACCAAAGCGUAAACGGUUUGGAUACGCGCAGCACACCACCGUGGAUGACUUUGAGACGAAGGAGUACAAGGACCGGUUGCUCUCGAAGCAGUUCUUUCAUAACCCGCAGGCCUUUGAGGUCAUUCCGGAUCGCCGUGACCGGGCCGUGACGUUUGGUGGCAAAUGGGAGUAUCAGCGCACGCAGGGCCUCCCAACGGUGGAUCGCAAUGAGCUAGAGAACGGCUGGAGUGAGGUGGAGGCGGUGACGGAUGCCGAGAUGUGUGUGAUUGAGCAGGCGCUGCGAGACAUCAGCGGUCGACGACCAGGCAACUUUGUCAAGUCGCCCACGAAGACGAGCUCGCUGCAGUUGAAUGAGAGUUGGUGGGAGCCGCUGGAGUUUGGGUGGGAGCAGCACAACAAGGAGCAGAAGGCGUUGGUGGACCCAACGGAGCAGCGCCUCAUCAACAGUUCUACCCUCCCCUUUGGCGGGAAGAUCCCACCCUUUGGAACCUCGAGCGGUAUUGGGGAACGCAUACGUGAAAUCGUGGAAGAUUACGCGAAGGGAUUUGGGUUGGGGCCACAUGGCCAUUCCCCCUCACACGACACGAGCCAUUACAAUACCCUCAAUGCCGAGGAUGCCCGGGUGCGAGAGUUGGGUUACCAGGAUGCGCUUGUUCGCCUGUUUGACGCGAAGCUUGCGGACAAGGAUGUGCAUCAGUGGGCCGUGGAGCAGUGCGCCGACGGCGAGGCUGAUGUGCGACAGCUGCUGCUCUCGCUGCAUGAGUGGCGCGAGCGCGGACGACCUCCCUCCCUGCUCUUGGCGCAGGUGCUCUCCAAAUACCUCGAGCAGGAGAUUGCGGCGUUCAACGCGGGAGUUCCCGCCUCCGUACCCAAGCUUUCGCUGCAGACCGUGGAUGGCACCUUGUCCCCGUCUGGCAACCGCGGGGAGCGUAGUGGGACAAUUUGGGCCGAUGUGGAGCCCACCGCGUAUGCCUUGCAGUGCGCCAGCCAAGCCAGCCACGGCAGCGUUGAUGAGCCGUUUAUUCUCCACUUGCUGAAGCGUGCCCAACUAGAGGAGCGCAACGCCAACUUUACCGACCCGCACUACAACGCACACCUCGAGAAAGCCGUGGUGAGCGAGUUCCAGCUGGGACUCGCGGCGCUGGUCGGCAAAGGCGUCUCUCCGGCGCUUCUUGCCCAAAAGACAAGCCAACUACACCGCGGCUCCGUGCGGAUGAGUGGAAACGUCAUUCCAUUCGUCAAGAGCCGAGAGUUGGCGCGCCUGCUGGAGCGCAUGGGACUCUCAUCGGAGAACAUUGCCGUUGUGACUCGCGGUCUCGCCAAUUGCCCGGAACAGGAGUCGGUUGGGGAUGACUUUGCCGUGCCUGUUUCACUUAUUUUGUCGUGGGGCGGGCCGGGUUCAGGCUCGUCCGCACACGCGGGCGAUCGAAGGGGCAAUGCGACGCAAUCGCGUAAUGAGCGGCAGCGGAAAGGUUCUGCCUCGCUUUCUAGUGCCAUUCGGCAACUGGGAGAGAGACGCCCGGGCGCGAGGAGCUGGCAAAACGAGGACAAGAUGAUGGUGCACGUCAUUGAGGAGCUGGCGCUGCGGGAUGAUGGACUCGUGAUGGACAUUCAAUACAUUGCGCGCGAAAAUAGACGGAACCCGGUCUUGAGGCAUGAGUUCUUUGCGGCGCUUCUCCCUGUCUUUGCCGGCAACCAUGCAAAGGUGGCGCAGCUCUACGACGACUACUGUGCGGGGAAGUAUGUGCCUAAUAUCACACUCGCGAUAGAGGCAUUCAUCGCGUUUCUUUGCAACGUCACCAAGCAUGCGGAGGUCUAUUCUGGGGCCUCGUACUUUGAGAUGGGGGCCCCGAAUGGGCCACAUGCCGGGCAGUACACCUCACUCAAACUUUUAGACCCGCUCGAUGGCCCAUUUGUCUUUGACAACGUCAAGGCAGAACACAUUGAAACGGUGGAGCGGUUUAAGCGGCAUGACAUUCAGGUGGGACCGGUGCGGGCCCCUGCUACAGGCUUCAUCGCCGCCAACUCCAAGUCGUUGAGUUACUUUACACGCCGUCCAGAGGAGGUUGUCUACGUCUCCACGGACGCCGAUCAGGGGCUUCGCCGGUCGUUGGAGAAAUCCGCGCACUAUAAAGCCAUAGCCGCCAACCCGGCAAUGCAGUUUUUGCUUAACACGCAGAAUGGUGCCGGUAUUGUGGCAACUUUCAACCGCUUCUUUUACCGCACCAUGCCGAUGCUUGCCUUUUAUCAGAAACUGCUGAAGCACUACGCGGAAAACGUGCAGCCGCUGCGGCAGAAGGCGCAGAAUAGUGUGCGUGGGUUGUCACGCGUGCUGGAGAACGAACGCUCUGCCGCCAUUGAGGAGUUCAGGCGCAACAGUGAGCGGUACUGGCGGAACGUUCUGGAGGGCCGCAGCGUGGAGCAGUCAAUGGGCGGAAAUGGCGGUGGCGGUGGCGGCGAGAGAAGCGGCGGCGGUGCGACGUCCGCCACGCCAUCGUCGUCGCCGUCGGCGCAGGGGGCCAUUGCCGGGGACGUCGCCAGGGUGCUUGGCAGCGGCCGAGCAGGCGAUCAGAGGCGCGGCACUCAAAGAUCAUCGCAGCAGCAGCAGCAGCAGCAGCAGAGGCAGAGGCAGAGGCAGGAAAAAACGGACGGGAAUGGUGGCGGCGGUGUCCGCACGGCGUUCCCCCCACGCCAGGGCGCCUCACGCAGCAUGACGGACCUGCUGUCGAAGCUGAACAAACCGAAAGGGUCAAAUAAUUCGGGCGGCGCGAAGGGCCAGACGAAGCGAGGCCCGGCGAAACCUCCCACCGAUGGGGGUCGUGGGGCAAAGCCAUAG